AUGUUCAGCCGGGGUUGCGGGGUAAACGCAAUGAGGCACCGCGACCUCGGCAUAGACCAGGAGAAGGAACAGGGGGAUGGCGCUUGUUUCGACUACAUUAUUGUCGGCGCUGGAUCAGCUGGCAGUGUUAUAGCCAACAGAUUGACUGAGAUUGAUAACGCUAAAGUUUUGUUGAUUGAAGCUGGUGGUGACCCUCCCGUUGAAUCUGUGAUACCAGGAUUACUACCAUUUAUGAAAAAUACAGAAGUUGAUUGGAAUUACGAAACAGAAAACGAUGGGUACAGCCAACAAUAUCACAAAAAUUACGGAGUAGAACUGACGAGAGGGAAAAUGCUGGGAGGAUCCAGUUCUAUCAAUUUUUUAGCUUACACGAGAGGAAAUUUUCAUGAUUUUAAUAAUUGGGCCGAGAUAACUGGUGAUGAAUCCUGGAGUUGGGCAAACGUCCUUCCGUAUUUUAAAAAAAGUGAACGACUAGUUGACUCUGUCAUGCUCCAUUCGAGUGCUAGUAGUUUUCAUGGUACUGAAGGUUAUUUGGGGACGACCAGAAAAUAUAAUGAAGAGGUUCUAAGGUAUUUCGAAGCUUUUGAAGAAGUUGGGAACAGAAUUGUUCUGGACACGAAUGGUAACACCCCUCUUGGUAUUACUGAAUGCAUGUUCAAUGUUGCUAAUGGUGUCAGGCAGAGCACGGCUCAAUCAUUCUUACAUCCAAUAAAAGAUCGGCCAAAUUUAUUUGUUCUCAAAAACACAUUGGUGUCAAAAAUCCUCUUCGAUGAAAACAAGAAUGCUAUCGGCGUGGAAGCCAUAUUAGAAAAUAAUGAAGUUGUACAGUUUAAAGCUAAUAAAGAAGUUAUAAUAUCAGGUGGGGCUAUUAACACACCACAAUUAUUAAUGCUUUCCGGUAUAGGACCAAGAGAACACUUGGAAAGUCACGAUAUACCAGUUAUUUCUGAUCUUCCUGUGGGUCAAAGUUUACAAGACCAUGUCAUGGUUAUGAUGGCCCAUAAAAUGGGCAAUUCUCCUCCACCCAAACCAGUAGAUCCUUUAUAUAUUCAAAGUCCAUUAAUGAUGGGAUACACGAGUUUGAACCGAAGUAAAAAUUAUCCAGACUAUCAAUCCAUUAACUUCAUAAUGAAUGAACCAACACCUAUGUUGCAAUUUUGUUCUUUUUACUACUCUUAUAUCGAUGAAAUAUGCCAAGCCUUGUAUGAUGGUAGUAUUGGAAAAGAAGUAUUAUUUAGUUUAGUCAUAUUAUUAUACCCAGAGUCUAGAGGAAAAAUCUUAUUGCGAAGCGCAGACCCAAAAGAGAAACCUAUAAUUUACACUGGAUAUUAUUCUGACCCAGUUGAUUUGAAAAGGCACGCCUCAUAUGUGGAAGAUUUUGCUAAGAUUCAACACACAGAAUUUUUCGAAAGUGUAAAUGCUGAAAGAGUUGUGCCAGAAGUGUGUGGGUGUGAGAACAAGUAUUCUACUGAAGAAUAUUGGCAAUGCUACGCGCUAUGUAUGAUGGUAUCUGGGUACCAUUACUCAGGGUCAGCGGCUAUGGGAGUUGUUGUUGAUUCUCGUCUUAAUGUCUUCGGGGUACAGAAACUUAGAGUUGCAGACGCUAGUGUAAUGCCAAAGAUUACUGGAGCCAAUACAAAUGCUGCGACGAUUAUGAUUGGUGAACGAGCAGCUGAUAUUAUCAAAGAAGACCAUUUCUUAAGGUCUAGAUGUUAGAAUAAACUAAUUAUUUAAUUUUAUAUC